AUGUAUUCAAUCAAUUCCACAGCUGAAUCUCCAUCUCCAUCUCCCAACUUUCCACCACACACCCCUCAUGCAUUCCCGCAUGCGCCUGCACACCGAGCUGCCCCCACCCCUCCUCUUCAAGCCCCACCACAAUUUGCGGGAUAUCCCCCAAAACACGCUCUCUUAUUGAAUACCCACUACUAUUUCGAAAAACUCCCACUCAAAACCAAAUCCUCACACUCCUCCCCCCCCUCAUCCAUCACCCCCCUCUCCACCCAUCCCAAAGCCAAAGGCGAACACGGCGUAUUCGGCGGCGCAACCAGACUCAUCACCAACUCUCCCCUCUCCAUUCCAUGCACCUCCCCAUCGCCCUCACCUUCGCACUCUCUAGAAGAAGAAGAAGAUAAAGGACCCCAACCCUUACACCUCACACUCGGACUACCCACUCCGAAAUCCGGGACUCCCAGAAACCCAUCUCGCACCUCCGGCGACGCGGGACUAUUAACCGGCGUCAGCAGCGUUACCGGAGAAGGGGGAAUCGCAUUCCCGCGAUGA